CUGUUCUGAUCCUACAGGUCGGCAGUCUAGUCGGGUUCGCGAAGCUAAACGGAGCUGAUAUACUCAGGUGUCGAUCAGAGUCUGCAAAGUUACGUGUAUGAGUGUUGAUCUGUGCGGGGAGUAGCGUUUUCAGAUAGAUCUAUAACAUAGCAUUGUGGGAGCCCAAUGGUUGUUCCUCUCCUAGCCGCUGACUAUUUACACUAGUAAGAACAAUGAGAUUACUGGAGAGUGGCUGCCUUCUGCUGUUGAUCGUGACGAUAGCGGUGGAUGGCCAGCAAACUUGUACCGGACCGGACGGAAGAGCCGGGAACUGUAUACUGCUGCGAUCGUGUGAUAGCUUGUUCACGUUGAUAAAAAAGAAGCCUCUCCUCCCGGAGGAUCGUUCCUUUCUGAGCCGGAGUCAGUGCGGCUGGUCUCAGCAGGAGAAUCAUCCAUUGGUGUGUUGUAGUGAUCCUCUGGACACUCCGAUCCGUGUUGGCGAGUCCUUGCUACCUCCGGUGGGAGUAUGCGGUAUUCAGACCAGUGAUCGUAUCGUCGGAGGCGUCAACACCAAGAUCGACGAGUUUCCCUGGUUGGCGUUGCUCAAGUAUGCCAAACCUAACAACGUAUUCGGAUUCCACUGUGGAGGCGCGCUCAUCAACAAUCGUUACGUUCUAACUGCGUCGCACUGUGUUAACGGCAAGGAUAUCCCAACUACUUGGACUUUAGCCGAAGUUCGCCUGGGAGAAUGGGACACAUCGUCCGAUCAGGACUGCGAAGGCGUUGGAGUGGACGUUGAUUGCUCGCCAGACCCGAUCGACGUGGUGAUCGAGCGCCGUAUACCCCAUCCGGAAUACAACCCCCAGACGCUGGAACAGUUCAACGAUAUCGCUUUGCUGCGACUGGAGCAACGGGUAGAGUACACCGAUUUCAUCAAGCCGAUCUGUUUGCCACGGACGCCCGAGUUGAAGGCCCGGGAAACCGUUGGUCAGAAGUUCCAGGUUGCCGGAUGGGGAAGGACGGCCACGGCACGGUACAGUAGCGUGAAGCAGAAGGUCGGCGUCGAUGGGAUCGGUCUGCAGAAGUGCAACUCGGUGUACCAGCAGGAGCGUGUGACCUUGAUCGAGCGUCAGCUGUGCGCCGGAGGGCAAGCGGGUAAAGAUUCCUGUCAGGGCGAUUCCGGUGGUCCGCUAAUGGGCGUGGCGCAGAACGCAAAUGUCCAGUUUUGGUAUCUGGUGGGAUUGGUGUCUUUCGGACCGACGCCAUGCGGACAGGAAGGAUGGCCCGGCGUGUAUACCAAUGUGGCAAAGUAUGUGGACUGGAUCGAGGCAACGUUGGAGCAGUGAGACGCAUUUUGUGAGAUUUUUUUUAAUUAUAACGAACAAUAAAUGAUGUGACUAUUCGUGUAAUUUGUUUCGGA